GUACAUGUAACUUUAUUUAGGUACGCAUACAAAGCCAUUUGGUAACUUUAUUUUUCUUGUUUCGCAUUUAUUAACUGAACGACGAGUUAGUGACUUGGGACUGUUCUAUGAGACAUCAAAAAAUAACAAGUAAUAACAUUCAAAGGCAUCGAAACUUUGCAUAGCACCUACAAACUAAUUAUCUUUCUUUAAUAAUACUCCGAUUUUGGGCAAACUAGGUGACAUCUGUGUGGUGUCGUCUCCCAGUAUAAGACACCUCUUUGUUUAAUCGACUAAUUACUUCCUGACUUUUAUCUAUUUGCCCAGCCCCCCUGUUGUUCCAAUCAGAUGGAAACAGGAAGUCCUUUGUGCCAUGCAUCAGAUGAAUCCCAUAAUGAGGCAGUCCUUUGCUUUAAAUAGUCAGCUAUCGUUUCGGUAUUGAGCUUUAGCAAGCUCAACCAUACGUUAAGAAUACCACUUUGUUGCCAAUAUUCUUAUCGAAGAGCACACUACUUGAAAAUGAUCUUCACGGUUAAAAAGGGGCGGUUUAAAAGUUAAGAUUCACCGUACGCGUUAAUCCGUCAUGUCUGCUGAUUUCAAGCGCCACGUCGUUCUGGUAUUCCUUUUAACAAUUGUCACUGUAGCCCAAUUUGUUGCUGAGAUAAAAGCUAUAGAAGGACAUCGGUUCCCUUCUGACAAGACAUUCAAACAGCGCCUGUUUUCAAAAGAUGAACGUCAUUAUCUGAACGUAAAUCGAGUUGGAAUAUUCACUAUGUACAACUUGUUAGAUUGCCUAUUUGCAUGUGUAAGAAAUACUUUUUGCCUCUCAAUAAACAUGGCCGCCUCCAAAGAAGCAUAUGGAAAGCUUUGGUGUGAAUUGUUGUCUUCUGAUAAGUACAGAGACGCUGAGAACUACAAGGAAAACACGAGUGCGCAUCAUUUGUCCAUUCUGUCUCCUUGUUCUUAUUCGCCAUGUCAAAACGGAGGAACCUGCAUCCCGAUUUACAAAUACACGUCUUACCAAUGUCUCUGUGAACCAGGUUUUAUGGGAGAGUUUUGCGAGAAAGCUAUUACGUCUUGCAAAGAGCUCUAUGACUUUAAUAGGUUUAAUGUCAGUGAACUUGUUACCCUCCGCCUGGACUCUAAAUCAGUCACCAUUCUCUGCCACAUGGGAGAUUUUGGAUGCGGAAAUGGAGGAUGGACGCCGGUCAUGAAGAUUGACGGCAAAAAGAGCACCUUUCAUUACAACAGCCCUUACUGGAGCAAUAAAAUUGAAUACAAGCUUCCCGGUGGGGAGUCUGGCUUUGAUUCACAGGAGACAAAGUUAUCGUCCUAUUGGAACACAUCUUUCUCCAAGAUCUGUCUCGUUAUGAAGAUUGGACAACACCUCGGGUUCACUGUCAUUAACAAGCAGGCCGACUCUCUGUACUCACUGAUCGCUGACGGUCAAUACCGCGCCAUCUCAUUGGGUCGAGAAACGUGGAAGAAUCUGAUUGGUUCAGAUGCCUCCUUGCAGUUAAAUUGUAACAGGGAAGGAUUCAACACUGCUGAUGUUAACCCCAUCGACGUUUUCCAUUCUGAAGCAAGAAUUGGCAUCGUUGCUAACCAGGAGAAUGACUGCAAAAGCUGUGACUCCAGGAUUGGAUUCGGUACAGGAGGAUAUUUUGAUGACGCCGUGACGUGUGGUAACGUGGCAAAAAUAGAAGGAGAUAAUGGAGACAGGCAUACCCCUGCAAUGGGGUACAUCCUGGUGCAAUAAUACCAAUACUCUCAAAAGGUAAGCAGCUCUAAGAGUUAGAUACUUUAUAAAAGAGUACCUCCCCGUCGGACUUUUCUAAUGAAAAAGAGGCUCUCUCUUGAUUAAGUUUUAAAAAGCUGUGAGUGAGGAGCAGGCAUUAAAUGGUCAUCUAUGCUGAUCCAGAUGUUAACAGUUUCGUAAAUAAAUGUUCGUUGACCAGCAACCGUGUUUUAAAAAAGAUGGUUUUAUGCGGUAUUACGCUAGUAGGUUACAUGGUGGAUGGUGGAUGUGAAAUUUCUAGAUUAAACAUUUAGAAGCAAGGUUAUUUACGCACUACUAUUCCAAAACCGAGUCUCGCAGAUAUUGAGCUGGCGCAGAAGGGGAGUGAAAUGAUUGUAUCUGGAAUUUGUAACAAUUUGCAGAAAAGUUGUGCAGUUACUGAAUACACCUCAUUCGAUUUUAAAACUCCCUUUCAUUAUAUGAUUAUUGAUAGUUUGC